UGGCGUAGGCAAACAGUCUUUCCCUUAUUUUGUGUUCAGAGUUGCAUUUAGUGUAAACCAGGGUCUGACAUGAGACGGACCACCUUACAAAUUUUAGUCUGACUGCCUUGGUCCCAUUUUGGACAAUAGUGCUUCUUCACGCUCAAGAAUAAGGAAAAUUAAUUAAGAAUAACAGUAAUCCAAGAUGUUUUGGAAUUGCUUACUAUUGGUUUGUUCUGCCUGGCAAAGAAAGGCCUCCAAAUGCAAGAUUUGAUUAAUUUUGAGGAAAAGAAUGUAGAAUUAAUGUGCCACAACGGUACUGAAAUAAUUGUUGGCCCUGUUGGUACCGUGGCAACACCCGCAUGUGUUGUGGGCACUUUGAUUUGGUAGAAAUUAUCUGGGUCAUCCCAGGCUUAUCAGCGCCAGAGGGGAAAUGCCGAUGUGAACAGACAUGCAAGGGAGUGCCUGAUUGGCCAGUGGUAGAGACAGCAUUUGUUGUGCAUGUCGCACAGUUUGCAUCCAGCAAAGUUCUCAGACGUCACUGAGACAUCGCAAAGAGUUUUGGACACCGUAGUUUGAACAUGACUCACCUUGGCUAUGAUUGUGAGCAGACAGUUGGGGCAUUUUCUUUUUCCGGUAAAUGAACAGAACAAAUCUUUACAGCCCGUUUCUAAAAGCUUUGUUAAAAUCUCAAGUUCUUUGAUGUCUGUCAUAAACAAUUUGCCCAAACCUCGUGCCUGGUUUAUCUCUGUCAUUGCGACAGAACUUUUGUACAAAAGCUGAAAAUUUGUCGGGGUCAAGACAUCACAACAAAUGUUGCUUCUUAGAGAAUAAAGGAGAUUAUGAGACAGUUGGUGUGCCUGCAGGGAACCAGGUGAAGUGAACAAGUUGUCAUGGACGAAUUCCCGAGAAAGCUUUCUCCCAGAAAAUGGAUGGCAUCUAGGACAGUCUUGGUUGAGGACACGUUUAGUUCUCGGUGCAUGUUGAUUGACCCAUAGACUCUCAGUCCUAAACAGUUUUCAUCAUGGUUGUGCAUUUUUUCCCCUUUGUUGUCUCCACGAUUUUAAAAAACCUUUGAUGUUAACCACUGUCUGCACUGCGUUUGUGUGACUGUGCCCAAUACACUAUGCACGAUGCGGACAAGGAGGAGGAGGCCCACACGCUCCUGGGAGACGAGGGACCUCGCACCGGCAUGCCCAUGAGACUUGGCUUUGUGGCAGGCGUCAUUCAGCGCGAACGCAUCCCAGCCUUUGAGCAGAUGCUGUGGCGUGUCUGCCGCGGUAACGUGUUCCUCCGUCAGGCUGAGAUCGACACGCCCCUGGAGGACCCCACUACCGGGGACCAAGUACACAAGUCAGUCUUUAUUAUCUUCUUCCAAGGAGACCAGCUGAAGAACCGGGUGAAGAAAAUCUGUGAAGGGUUCCGUGCCACCCUGUACCCCUGCCCAGAGACGCAGCCCGAACGACGGGAGAUGGCCAUCGGCGUCAUGACACGGAUCGAAGAUCUACAGGCUGUCCUGAGCCAGACAGAGGAGCACCGGCAGCGCGUCCUGUCCUCGGCCGCCAAGAACGUGCGGGUCUGGUUCAUCAAGGUGCGCAAGCUGAAGGCCGUCUACCACACCCUCAACCUCUUCAACCUGGACGUGACCCAGAAGUGUCUGAUCGCUGAGUGUUGGUGCCCGGUGGCUGACCUGGACAAGAUCCAGAUGGGGUUGCGCAGGGGAACGGAGCGCAGUGGCUCCACCGUUCCAUCCAUCCUGAAUCGUAUGGACACACACGAGAACCCGCCCACCUACAAUAAGACCAACAAGUUCACUGAGGUGUUCCAGAGCAUCGUGGACUCGUACGGCGUGGCCAGCUACCGUGAAGUCAACCCGGCCCCUUACGCCAUCAUCACUUUUCCGUUCCUGUUCUCCGUGAUGUUUGGAGACACCGGCCACGGCUUCAUCAUGUUCCUCUUCGGCCUGUGGAUGGUACUGAAGGAGAAGAAGCUGGGUCCCAUGAUAGCGGAUAACGAGAUUCUGGGGAUGUUCUACGGCGGUCGAUACAUCAUCAUGCUGAUGGGUCUGUUCUCGGUCUAUGCCGGCUUCCUGUACAACGACAUUUACUCCAAAUCCAUGAACAUCUUUGGGUCCUCCUGGCAAGUGUCCAAGAUGGCCAACUUCACUGAGGAGCUCUUGGAGAAGGACUUAACCUUACAACUGGACCCCAAAGACGCUUAUGUCGGAUCACCCUACCCCUACGGCUUGGACCCGAUCUGGCAAGUUUCUGUCAACAAGUUGACGUUUCUGAACUCCUUCAAGAUGAAGAUGUCUGUCAUUCUCGGGGUUUCGCAGAUGACCUUGGGAGUUUGCUUGAGUGCUUUCAACCACAGGUACUUUAAGAAUCGCAUCAACCUCUGGUGCGAGUUUGUGCCCCAGCUGAUUUUCCUGGAGUUCAUCUUUGGCUACCUGGUCCUCAUCGUCUUCGCCAAGUGGUUCCUCUUCGACGCGGCCAGCUCCCAGUCGGCGCCGAGCCUGAUCAUCACCCUCAUCAACAUGUUCCUCUUCGUCCAGCCGCCGGGGGCCGAAAAGAAGGGCCAGGUGUCGCUUUACAGCGGACAGUAUGAAACCCAGAUACUGUUGGUGAUCAUCGCGGUGCUGUGCGUGCCCUGGAUGCUCUUCGUCAAGCCCAUAUUGCUCCGCAUGCAGCACAACAAGAAGCUCUACAAGGCCGUUCGUUAUCGCGAAGUCCGCAUGCUCAAGAACGGCAGCGUGGGUGACGAGACAGCUGAGGUUGUUCACCAUGACGCGCUAGAGGCGUCGACCUCGGACUCGGGCAGCUCGGAAGAACCCGACCAAACCGAACAGUUUGAGCUGGGAGAGGCACUGGUCUUCCAAGGCAUCCACACCAUCGAGUUCUGCCUGGGCUGCAUCUCCCACACUGCCUCCUACCUCCGACUCUGGGCUCUGUCCCUGGCUCACGCUGAGCUGUCCGAGGUGUUAUGGAGCAUGCUGUUCAGCAUCGGCUUCAAGAUGAGCGGGCUAGGGGGCUUUGUCGUCAUCUGGGCGUUGUUCAGCGCUUGGGCAGUGUUAACCAUCGCCAUCCUGCUGGUCAUGGAGGGCCUGUCGGCAUUCCUACACACCCUACGUCUCCACUGGGUGGAAUUUCAGAGCAAGUUCUACAAGGGAGAAGGUUAUGCCUUCCGGCCUUUUGCCUUUGACGCCCUCUUGGACGCCCAGGAUGAGUAAAUUGAACAUCUCACCAGUGGCCAUGACCAGUGUUCUAGCGUCAGUUUUACUGCCUCCAUCAUGCGCAAAGUUUGACUGUUUAAAAUUGGGUGCUAUGGUCAGACAGAAAAAAAUGAAUUGUUUUCAUUAUAAAGAGAGAAAAUGAAACGUCUGUGUCAAGGUGGCAUCAUGCAUAUUUGUAUUAUUCAGAAAUGGUUAUUUAGCAGAAGCAAACUUCUCAACAUUUGGAAAGAAAAGCAAUUCUGCAUGGAAAGAUUAGUGUAAAAUAUAUCCUAAUGCGUCAGUUGGAUAUAUUGAAAACCUCAAGCUAAGGAAAUGGGGAACUUUCCAGUCAUAGUAGUCGAUGUAGGUAUUAUAUAUAACAGGUUUGCCCUCACCCAACGUAUAUUAAUAAAC